GACCAGGUUGUCACUUAUCAGUAAAUGUUAUUAUUAUUGUAUCCAAUUUUAGGGAAAACAAUGCUUUGCAUUAGGUGUUACCUUGAGUAGCACCGUUCAUGUUAGGUUACUGCUCUUUCUUUGUGCGUUGUAACCAUAAAAGAGUCGCGCAAGACAACAUGUUCAGAACAGAUAGCGCCCCCGAGUGUUUGAUCAUGGAAAAAGAUACAAAAUUACGGGAAUUAAUUGAAGUAACCAGUCAGCUAUUACAUCAUGCAACUUCGUGCGAGCGAGUGCGGCUGCAGAGUUCCGUUCAGUUGUUGGUCGCAUGCGCCAGCGUCAAGCCACGCCAAUGCAUUAUUGACUUGCUGAAUCAAGAGUUACAGGAGCAGAUCGCUUGGGCAACAAUGUACCGGAGGUAUCAGAGCCAACCAGAUAUAGCCGCAGUACGAAUGGGAAAUGGUUGGCCGAGCGCAUCGUUCGACCGAGACGAAUGGUUGCACGAGUUCGCCAAUGAAGUGUUGGAGGGUGCAGAGACGAUAUGCAUGAUAUUGGAUCAAUCACCAGAGCACAUGGAUGUUAGAAGGAGUUGGGUUCCGGUGAUCCGCCGCUCCCAUUCGACCAGGGUCGAUGACGAUCAGUGCUCUGCCUCGGAGUCUGAUGACAUGGGUAAGGAGGAACUACAUGGCGUUGGAGAGGAUGUUGAGUACUGGGGGCCAAAAGAAUCAGAUGAGGACGACCGAGAUAUUUCGGACCUCGGACCAAAAAAGCUUUGCUUCUGGUACUUUUGAGAGGCAAUGAUGCCCUUGUUGGUCCAACUUUAGAACCAAC